UUGAAUGUGUCUUCAGGGGCGUCCGGGGCUAAGCCCGCUGAGAAGAAACCCGCUUCCGCUAAAACCCCAGCGGCGGCACCCAAGGCUGCAUCUGCAAGUAGCAGCGCUGCUAAACCAGCAUCCGCUAAAACUCCUGCACCUGCGCCGAAAGCUGCAGCACCCAAAGCUGCAUCCGCUGCUAAGGCUGCACCAGCUAAAGCGGCACCCGCUGCCAAGCCCUCUGAAAAGAAACCAGCAUCUGCACCCUCCGCCAAGCCAGGCUCUGCUAAGGCAGCAGCUCUUAAGGCUAAGUCCAGUGCAAAGCCCUCUGUGAAGAAGGCUGCAUCCAAAGCAGUCAAGCCCAAACCAGCUGCGGCUAAACUUAAGAUUGCACCCAAGCCUAAGAAGACCGGCAUCAAGGGACAGAAGAAAGUUGUUAAACCAGUUGUAAAAGCCCUUAAAGUCCAACGUAAGGUUGUCAAAGGUGAACAUGGAAAGCGUGUACGUAAGAUCCGCACGUCUGUGCACUUCCGUAGACCCAAGACUUUUGAACCUCCAAGGAAUCCUAAAUACCCCAGGAAGUCAUUGCCGAAGAGGAACCGUAUGGAUGCAUACAACAUUAUUAAAUAUCCGUUGACAUCUGAAGCAGCCAUGAAGAAGAUUGAGGACAACAAUACCUUGGUAUUCAUUGUUCACACCAGCUCCAACAAGCACCACAUUAAAGCUGCUGUGAAGAAGCUUUAUGACAUCAAUGUGGCUAAAGUGAACACUCUUAUCCGACCUGACGGCAAAAAGAAGGCGUAUGUACGACUCGCAAGAGACUACGACGCGUUAGACGUUGCCAAUAAGAUUGGAAUCAUAUAA